AUGAAGCUCACUAUUCUUACUACCGCAUUGAUUGCACCUUUGGUGUCGGCGCAUUACUUCUUCGACACCCUCGUCAUUGACGGCCAGGAGACCACUCCUAACCAAUACGUUCGUUCCAACACUCGGCCGGCCAAAUACAACCCUACCAAAUGGAAAAACACCCGCGACGAUAUGACCCCGGAUAUGCCGGACUUCCGCUGCAAUAAGGGCUCCUUCACCUUCGCUGGCCAGACCGGCACGGCGGAGGUCAAGGCAGGGUCGAAGCUUGCAAUGAAGCUCGGCGUGGGAGCGACGAUGAAGCACCCUGGCCCUGGUCUCGUGUAUAUGUCUAAAGCGCCCGGCUCGGCCAAGCAGUAUGAGGGCGACGGCGACUGGUUCAAGAUCCAUGAGGAGGGCAUUUGUGACCAGAGCAAGGACAUCAAGACCGAUGCCUGGUGUACCUGGGAUAAGGACCGUAUUGAGUUUACAGUUCCUGCGGACCUGCCGGAUGGAGAGUAUCUGAUUCGGCCGGAGCAUAUCGGUGUGCAUGGAGCACAUGAUGGACAGGCUGAGUUCUACUACGAGUGCGCUCAAGUCAAGGUCACAGGCGGUGGUAAUGGAAACCCAGGACCUACGAUCAAAUUCCCAGGUGGUUAUAAAAAGGAUGGCCCCUCAUUCAACUUCAGUAUCUGGGGAGGCAUGAAGGAUUACCCAAUGCCGGGUCCGGCCGUCUGGACUAGUGGUUCAGGCUCUAUUGAUGCUUCUGCUAUGGUCAACGUGACUGAAACGGAUGCUGCUUCUUACUAUUCGGAGGAGACGGAUACGUGCGAAGACUAA